GGCCGGGCCGGGCCGCACCAUGUCGGGGUCCGAGUCGGAGCAGGAGCAGUACUCCUCGGCCGAGGAUGACGACUAUGUGCCCUCAGGCGCUGAGUACAGCGAGGACGAUGAGAGCGAGCUGGUGCGGGAGGAGGAGCCGGCGGACAGCCCGCGGCCGCCCCGCGGCGGGAGGAGCCCCCGCCGCCCCGGCAGCAGGAAGAGGAAGAAAGGUGGUCUCUUGCUAGAGCCGGAUGAGAAAGAAGAAGAAAAGGCCCAGCAGAAUGGAGAGGAACAGAAAGAGGAGGAAGUGGAUAAUGUAGAGCAAGUAAAAAGAAGCAGAGAAGAAGAAGAAAAAAAGAAAGAGGAUGCUCUUUGGGCCAGUUUCCUCAGUGAUGUAGGACAGAAACCCAAAGCAGCAGCUGCCACACAAGUGUCACAAAUCAAGAAGGCUGAAGAAGAGAACAGUGGGAAUAAGCCUCAGGAGAAGUCAAAAGAUUCAGGAAAAGUGACAAUCACCAAAACGUUUGAUUUUGCUGGUGAGGAAGUCAAGUUCUUCCAUGUGUGUUCUGUCUGUGUUCUUUGUAAGUCAGUGUGGAAAUACUUCCAUAAAAAUCACACCCUUCCCCAGCAGGAGAUACUGUUUCUUUAUCUGGCUCUCAGGGUGACUAAAGAAGUGGACUCAAACUCAAAAGAAGCUAAAUCUUUUCUGAAGCAGCAAGAGAAACUGCAGUCAGCAGCUCCAGCUUCCUUGCCGACAGUCUCGGGGGUGAAGAGGCCAAGUGGUAUGAGUAGCCUCCUGGGGAAGAUCAGUGCCAAAAAGCAGAAGAUGAGCACACUGGAGAAAUCUAAACUGGACUGGGAGAACUUCAAAGAGGAGGAGGGGAUUGUGGAGGAGCUGGCAAUCCAUAACCGAGGGAAAGAUGGGUACAUCGAGAGGAAAGCGUUCCUGGAGCGCGUGGAUCACAGGCAGUUCGAAAUCGAACGCGACAUCAGACUGAGCAGGAUGAAGCCCUGACGUGCUGGGGGUGGCCGUGGGGGAUCUUGCUCCCUUCUGUGCCCCAGGCUGGCUGGGGGCUGCCGGCCACCAGUGACCACCAAGCACGGAAACUGUUCUCUACCCAAGACUCAGCCUGUAUGUCUCAACAUACAGGGUUUUCCUUUUACUGUAAUAGUUUGGGGAGGGUAUUUGUCAAUGGACAGGAGGCUCUUUGAGAGUUAAAUGGCCCAGCAGCUGAUUGAAGACACUGGUGUAAUUCUGGCAAAAAUUUUACAAGGAGAAGAGGUGGUGUCACCCAUCCUUUACCAAUCCCAGAUGCUUCUGGCAGCAGGAGGAGCCACCAAGGCUGGAACAGUACUGGCAUGUUUGGUGGUGAGAGUGGAGCUGCGGGAAGGUUUCAUGGCUGCUGUGCAUACGCAAGCUGUGGGCUGGAGCCCUUCUGCCUGCUCUGCCAGCCCCGCAGCACUCCCUGCCCCUCCGCCCUCUGCUCCUGUCCAGACAAAGCCAAACUGUCUGUACUUGUUUGUGGGGUCUGAUGAUGCUGGGGGGGGUUAAGCAAGCUGGUGAAGAAAUCCUUCCUUGUUCACGCUGUCAAGAAGAUGGGAGCAGCUGCAGCAGGCAGGAAGGGCCAGGAUUUGAGUGUUCACGUGAAUAAAGUAUUCCAUCCCAACA